AUGGACUCGUCUCUGUUUACCGCCGCUCGCAUUAACAAGUUCUCCGGAACAAACUUCCAUGUGUGGAAGUUCAAGAUGCAAAUGGUGCUGGAGGAGCGAGACCUGUGGGACGUCGUGAGCGGCGAGGUCAAGAUCGAGCACUGUACAAGUACUUUGGACCAAGCGACGUUCAAGCGAAAGUCGCGAAAGGCGCUAGCGAUAAUCUGUCUUGCGAUGGAGGAUUCGCAGUUGCCACUGGUUCGCUCGGCGAAGGACGCGUAUGAUGCAUGGUCAAGUCUGGAAGGACACUACGAGAAGAAAAGCUUGGCUAAUAAGCUCUUCCUUCGUCGCCGGUUCUUCACGACAAUGAUGGGAGAAGGUGAUGACGUGCUGGAGCACAUCAACAGACUCAAGACUCUGGCGGAGCAAUUGGACGCAGUCGGUGCUCCGGUCAGUGAAGAUGAUUUGAUCAUCACGCUUCUGGCCAGCCUUAGCGAGUCGUACCAGUUCCUGAUAACAGCAUUGGAGUCGAGAGCCGACUCUCUGUCGUGGGAACUAGUGACGUCUCGGCUAUUGCAUGAAGACAUGAAGCGCAAGGAGCAAGGUGGCGGAAUCGAAGGAGCCGCGCACGGUCAAGCUCAAGCAUUCAUGUCAAGAGACAACAAGCGCAAGGCUCGACCGGCUAAGAAGACCGGUGCGUGCCACAAUUGUGGAAAGCAAGGACAUUGGAUUGCCGAAUGCCCCUCGCGCAUCCAUGAAGACGCUGAUCGACACAGGUACCAGCGUGCAAACAUCGCGCAAGAACCGGAGCUUGGCGAUUACCUGUUCUCGGUUGGUGGUGGCAAGACCAAGUCGAGUUACAUGUGGCUGGUCGAUUCAGGGGCGACGCAGCACAUGACAAGUUCGAAAGAGUUCAUGAGGAACUACAAGGACUUUGGACCAGUAGAUGUGCAUCUUGAUGAUGAUGGAGUUGUGCAAGCGAUUGGAAAGGGUGACAUUGUCAUGCCAAUGAGGACUCGUCAAGGGGUCAAGAAUGGUGUGCUCACAAAUGUGUGGCAUACCCAGAGUUAUCUCGAAACUUAUUUUCCGUUGGAAGAUUCAUCAAGGACGUGGGGCCUGUCACCUUUGAAGUCGAUGGUUGCUUCGCGGAAACGAAGGGUUUCAAGUGGAAACUAG